GCGUGUCAUUUCCUGAUUCAGGGUCAACAACAUGGUGCCGUCCAUGGUCUGGGCGAGCCAAUGAUUUGAGUGGAUAUUUUCCUACGAAUGCCUUUUAUUUCUAUGAUACUUCGCUAAUAUUGUACAAGAGCUAAUGCUGGGGCAUUAGAUUGUUAUUCGUUGUUUUUCCACUGUCAAAGAGUAUUGAACAAGUGUCCAUCUCUGCUGCUGCUCACACAACUGAUCAUGUCGGGGACAAAUGUGUGGACUCGCAGUCGGGAGAGGAUGAGACGGUUCCCAGAGCUGUUUGCCCAGUGUUCUGGUGAGGCUGCAGCUUAUGGGAAGUGUGUGACAGCUACUACCACAGGCAGACAGGAGCUGAGAAAGGACCUGUGUGUUAAAGAGUUUGAUGCUCUGAAGACUUGCAUUGUUACAGCAGCCAAGAAGGGAGUGAAGUAGACCAUUCCGCCCAACACAUCUCUGCUGGACAUAUAGUGCAUUCUGCUGGACAUAGGCUUUAUCGUGAACAUAAACAGGGGUGUAUUCACUAGGAACUAAACGGACGGGGACCUACCUGAAUUUGUUCAAUAGAAACGCUCAAUUACAUUGUAAAACAUUUGCAUCUGUUUGCAGUCUGCACUAAUGACUACACCCCAGGCAGUGGACCUAAUGUCCCCGUUGUUCCAUAAACAUCAUGUAGUACUGUUUCAGUAAUGCAAUGGCAGGUGCUGAAAGAUAUCUUGACUAGUCCCACAAGCAUAAUGUUGGACCUGUUGUUGGUCCCAGAGGUAAUGCUAGCAUGGUUCUUCAAUAGUGUGUCAAGGUCAUACCGUUUGACUAUGUAAUAACAUGUAACCCACCACCGAAGACUUGCAGGACUGUGUAUUUGUCAUGUAGAAAUAUGCAAAUUGGUGUAUGGGGGUUCUCUUUGGUUAACGUACACAACACACAUUGACAACCAACAUUUCAUAUUGUGACAUUUUCAGAAAUAUGAAUCGACCCAGAAUGAAAUAACUCUAAUUCUAAAAGAAGUCAUGAGGAGUUAUGAAGCCACUGUUGAUGUCCUCCCUCUAUGAAGUCCAUUUCAUUCACUGUUCCUUAUGGUAGCCACAGCACUGGGCACCAUUGUAGAAGUCCAAGCCACUGUUUCAAAUGCUACAAGAAUAGAGAGCGAGAGAUGACGACUAAUUGCACUUCUGUUCUGGAAAUGAUGCAUUUACAUCUCAAUACAGGCAUAAAGAUAUUCA